AUGGGACAGAGACAUAACAGACGUCGAACACGCCAAAGAUCUCGGAACCGCAGCUCCAGAGUUGACUCAUCCGAUUCUUCUCCGCCCCCUACGAAUUUCAUUGGCUCAAACGCUCCCUCUGCAUACUGUGUGAGCAAGUCCAGGGCCGCCUGCAGUUCACUGGACCGCUUCCCGAUUCCCUUCGCCCAGACCUGGCAUCAUGGGUAUUCGGGAGGGCAGGUGCGUGAGCGCAAGUCGCCGCUGGAGGCAGAGCAGUAUCGUCUUUUUGGAGGUGAACCGGGUGACGAUGUAGACCUCUGCUAUCGCAUGCUGGAGUACUUUGGUGGUCUCGAUUAUAUCGACCCACCGCACUCCUUGAAGCUGCUACCUGGGUGA